AUGUCAAUAUGUAUUAGAUAUGUACAUAAAUUAUCUAUAAAAGAAAGGUUCUUAGGAUUUAUACAAGUAGAAGAAUUAGAUGCACUAGGUCUAACUAAUUAUAUUAUUGAAUUUUUAAAUUCAUUUGGUUUAGAUAUUACAAAAUGUAUAAGUCAAUCCUACGACGGUGCAUCAGUAAUGUCUGGUUCUACCAAUGGCGUACAAGUAAAAAUUAGAGAACUUUCUAAAAACAAAUGCCCUUAUAUACAUUUUAUAAUUUAAUUAAUUUUUUGCAGGAGUACAAAAGUUGAAAAAUAGUAAAAUACACAUAGAUUAUGGUAAUAUCAAUAGCUACGAUCCGAAUCUAAAACCGCUUCACCAGAAAUUAUUUUGAAAUUCUCUGUUAUAAUAUCACGGUACAUACCACGGCUUUGCCGCGCACGGAAUUUCAGCAUCAACUCUAUAAAUAGAAAUAAUAAUAUUAACUUUUCGGAUUUUGUAGAUAAUAAAUAAUAUUGUUGUGGCGAGAGCCACGACAAAAAAAUGACAAUAUAAUAAAAAUAACAAUAAUUAUUAUUGAUAGCAAUGGGAAUGAUAUUAUUUCCCACCGAUAAAAUAAAAUAUCGUGCAAGCCCUAAUAUUUUGUUCAUCUGGCGUAUAGCAAUUAUCAUGGUCUCUGUCCGAUAAAUACAUUGUAGUCACGACCCACGUUGAACGUACAUUUUUUAACUUGUGAUACUGAUUUGUAAACGAUAUAAUCGAUUGUACGCUAGAAAAAUAAUUCAGCAAUUUAUUCGUGUCGGUAUUGGACAACAUAAACACACGGUUUAACAAUUUUGGCCACAACCGUAACCCGCCUUUUAGAAACGAUAUAAAUUAUAGGAAUGGACGGAUAUUCGAUUUAAGUAAAAAAUAUGACUGUUGAAAUUAACCGAUUGUAUUGGUUAGAAUAUCCGAUAAAUUUUUUUUUUGGAAAUUUCAAUGGGCACGCAAAAUUUCAAUAAUUUAAAAACACCUCGGUUUGAAAACUAUCGUUUGCUAUGAGUGGGUAUGAUUCCGAACGGUUUAUGGUUUAGGUUGCGCCUCCAAGGUUUAGGUUACUGACAUUUUUCUCCGAUGCUAUCGGAGUUGAUAACGGAUUUUGAAAAAAAAAAACAACUAAGAAAACCGAAAAAUAACCUCCCUAAAACUAAAAAUAAAAAUCUUUGAAAAACCAUAAGCAUCUUCGCUACGCUCAGAAUCUAAGUCUGAUUAUAAAAUGACAACGCUACAACACAAUGUUUUUGUAAUUGUUCGCUGCAACAUCUGAGCGUCGAAAUUCAACGCGCGACGCACAAUUACAGUAACGAAAUAUUUCGAAUUUUCGACGGACGCGUGUGCGGUCGAGAUCAAAAUACAACGCGCACAUAAAUUUGCUCCGAUUUGUGGUCGCCUUUUUGUUCACGCAGUUACAUAAUUUUGUUCACAACAUUUUCAAAUAAUCGUCUCGCGAUUACUCUUGUCUAUAAAUAAAAAUAAUAAUCAACCGAUAAACUAUUUUCAACUCGAACGCGGCACCGUCUGGCUGCUACGACGGCGGCAGAUAAGAUAAGAUACUGGAAUAUUACAAGUUAUGUGGCGUAGGACGUUAGUGUUUCGAACGGCGGCUGGCGAUAUCUAAGAUUAGCUAUAAUCGUUAACCCAACCUGGCCGUGAUAUUUACGGCCGACCACGACGCAAUACACGACCGAGGGGUUGAAAACGGGGCCCCCCCUCGGCAGCGGUUUUCUGUGUCGAAAACUGCUAUUUCGAUUACCGACCAUACGAGGCGAUAACCAACUCGAUAUCCGUUUUUUUUCGGAAAAAAUUAAUUCGCGAAAUUUCCAACUCGUUUAUUUAGCCGACCGAGUGGAAUUUUAAACGUCCGCAACCCGGCCGUUACGCGCACGAGAACGUCGUAAUGUGCGUAACGGAUAAUCGGUACGUUCCGUCGGUGUCCAAAAUCGAGGUGAUUGCGCGUGGUCGGAAUUGGAUUCGCGGAUUCGGGUGACAACGAACAUUCCUCGUGACAAUGAAAUAAUAGAUCGGCGAUACGCGCGAGCGAGUGCGUGAGCGAACCCGCCACCCCCCAACCGUACCCCGCGACGUGGUCGCCGUCACUCAAGACGUGAACCGUAUCUGUAAUAUUGUUGCCGCGUCCGUGGCAAUAGUCAGAUAACGACACCGUAUUGAAUUCGGCACGUUUAUAUUUAUACAGGUUUUAUUACCACGCGUACCACCAGACGACCGUUUUAAAAAAAAAAAAAUACACAAUCAUGUAACCGCGAAUUGCUUUAGUACGUUGAUCGAUUGACUCAUGCGGUAAAACGUUUUAGACUCCGAGUGCAGCUGGGAAUGAAUUGGUUUUACAAUGAUGUUUAUUCCUUCUUCUUUAUGGUAAUAACGCUUAUUAUGCCACUUAUUAUGUGACUUGCCUAACACGGUAAAAUUUCCAAAACGGUCGGAAGACUUUUUUUUUUUUUAAAUAAUCGUUUUGAAAUCAAAUUUAAACGAAAAUGUAGCACCGAACUGCGCUCGGAAUCGUCUUUCGUCAAGCAAUAGUUUAUCUUUGCUUACAGCCCUAAAUGAAAUAACGUCACGAAUCCUACCUGCCCAACUUCUCACCUAAACAGUGGCCGCUCCCAUCUUCAAUAUUAGUUUUUUUUUUUUUAUUUAUGUGAACAUCUAUACCGGAAAGCAUACUCCGAUUAUCAAGUAAAGCACCCCUUCUGAAAAGAAAUGUUUUAUGAAUGAUACUUUAAAGAGAUCAUUUUUUGAAAUUCUCAUUAAUAUUCGUGAUAAAGAGGAAAACCCAGUUCUUUAGGUUAAAAAAGAUUGAAAAAUUAAAAAAUACGUCCUUAGAUAAUGGGGACGGGUGUAGCCACCGUUAUAGGUAAUUCAACGUAUACCAGUAAGCAACGAUAUUUUUUUUUUGAAUUUUCCCCGUUUUUAAAAAAAAAUACAAGGAAAAUGACUUCCACAAUACACCGACUAGAUCCAAAACACUACAAGACAGUGCCCACAUAGUUUUCUAUCGGAGCCAGCAUUUGUGGUAAAAACGCCGUUUACAAGCGGGAAAACGUUUGAACGUAUUGUAAUGUCGUGUUAACUACGGAUUAAUGGGUCUGGCCGGAAUAACAGUGCCGAGGGCGACCAAUCAACGGCGGUUUCGGUUCCAUGGUUACCGCGGCCGAUUAUUGUCGUAAGAAAAUCGCAUUAUAAACCUGUCCUCCAUAUUAUGACAGUGUUAAACGAAAGCUAAACGAAACAAUAGCUACGAUCGGUUUUGUGUCGGUCAGCGAACGGAAUUCCGCCGUAGGAGCCGUUGGAGAGGCCGACGACGCCCUCGUCGCCGGUGCCGGGCCCGCGGCGGACCGGUGGCGGUUGCCGUCCGAAGUAGUGGCCGCGCCGGGCGCUUUACCUCCAAGACCCGCCACGGACGGAGACGGCGGUGACAACGAAUAUUGCAGGGGCUUCAUCCCUCUCGGCGGAGCAAGUGAAAACGAACACUGCGCAAGAGAUGGAAGAGAAGUUGUAUUAGCGGCCGACAAAAUGAGAGCGGGAGCCAACGACAUACCGGUCGUGGCGGACCACGGCGGCGGCCGGAAGUCACCAACGUCGUCCACGGCGGGAGAUUUUCCUCCUGCAGGUAACGCUGUGGACGGUGACGGGUGUGGCGAAUGCUCUAGCGGCUUCAUUCGUCUCGGCGGAGAAAGUGAAUGUGGUAAAAUCGAUUGUGCCAGAGGAGAAGAAGUCGUAGCGGCGGCGGACGAUUUAGAAAAGGCCCAUCACUUGCCCGUCGCCGUGGACCAGAAAAACGAGAUCACCAAUAAAGACGGCCGCCGCUGUAAUUGUUACGCUCACGGCGCUGACCGUAGCGAAGACGAGGACUGCGACGACGGCCCGCGGUGCCGUGCUAGUACAUCGGGUGAAUACCCGUUGAUAACGUUGGACAGCGACGGCGGUACCACGGUCGUCAUGGAGGGCAAGCGACGAGAAAUAUGGUGCUCCGGCCGUAACCGAAGAGUGAACCGGAAAGGGAGCGGGAACCAAAGCCGGUCGCGCAGUGAGAGGCGGCGGCGUUUGUCCCGCGCGUGUGGCCGUGAUCGACGACCACACCGCCGCGGAGCACCGCGACCGUCAAAACCGCCGCCACCUGCGGUUUGCUAGUCAGGCGGAUACCACACCGAAUCGUCCGCGAUGCACAACAUAACGCGAAGCAUCACCGGUGAUCAACCGGCAACGUAAUCGCAGGUCAAAGAAAUAGUCUAAUACAUUUAAAACGGCGUUAAACAAUUGCAAAUUAAUUGCAAAUUAGAGCGAAUUACCCCCAUUUCCUUUGUAAAAUCAAUUUCUUAUUUGAGGGGGAGGGGGCAACUCCUCCUCCACUCCACUUUGGUCGAUCAACGUCGGAAUACCGUAAAUUAAUUACGAAAUAUAAUUGCAAAUCAUUUUAGAUUUAUUUUUGGAAACUUUUUUAAAGUUAUCCAUAAUGUUCAACAUUUUCUACCAUUUACAAAAACGAUUAGGCGCAUUAAUCAUACGUGAAAUAAUGAAACAAAAAAAAAAAAAAAAUAUAUAUCAUAUCAAUAGUACGUUAAUUAAACAUAAUAUAAUAUGGAUGUAAUACUUAGUGCUUGUUAAUUAGAUCAAAGAACAAGACAUUUUUUUGGUUUGUCUACAUGGGUUUUUAUUAAAAAAAAAUUUUAAAAAUUGUCAGGAAAUGUAUAAUUUGUUACGGGGUUGAUUAUAAUGGCACAUAAAAUUUUGUUGAAGAAAUAAUGUAUAUUAAUGAAAAUUAAUAAUCACUUACAAAUUGAAUUUUAAAUUUUGAAAGGGCUCAUCUCGAGGAUUUUUUUCAAAAUUGAAAAAAAAAUCAACACAUUAUUUAAUGAUAUAUAUGUAUACCGAAAUUUAAUGAGCGAAUAGAACCUUACAUAGGUUCCAAAUCACUGCCGCAUGAAUUAAAUUUCGGAACGAACGACAUAUUGACUCACAGAAGUUAAAGAAAUAUAAUGUACCAGAAGAAUAUUUUAUAUUUAGAGAUAAAUCCUUUUCGAAAUUUAAAAUUGAAAAAAAAAUCAACACAUUAUUUAAUUAUAUAUAUGUAUACCGAAAUUUAAUGAGCGAAUAGAACCUUACAUAGGUUCCAAAUCACUGCCGCAUGAAUUAAAUUUCGGAACGAACGACAUAUUGACUCACAGAAGUUAAAGAAAUAUAAUGUACCAGAAGAAUAUUUUAUAUUUAGAGAUAAAUCCUUUUCGAAAUUUAAAAUUGAAAAAAAAAUCACAUUAUUUAAUUAUAUAUAUAUGUAUACCGAAAUUUAAUGAGCGAAUAAAACCUAUGUAAGGUUUCAAAUCACUGCCGCAUGAAUUAAAUUUCGGAACGAACGACAUAUUGACUCACAGAAGUUAAAGAAAUAUAAUGUACCAGAAGAAUAUUUUAUAUUUAGAGAUAAAUCCUUUUCGAAAUUUAAAAUUGAAAAAAAAAUCAAUACAUUAUUUAAUUAUAUAUAUGUAUACCGAAAUUUAAUGAGCGAAUAAAACCUAUGUAAGGUUUCAAAUCACUGCCGCAUGAAUUAAAUUUCGGAACGAACGACAUAUUGACUCACAGAAGUUAAAGAAAUAUAAUGUACCAGAAGAAUAUUUUAUAUUCAGAGAUAAACCCUUUUCGAAAUUUACAAUUCGAUUUAAAAAAAAAAAAUUAUUGGAAAUUAAAGUUAAAAUGUAUAUUAUUACAGUGUGAGUGUCGAACUGUGUAUUUGUUUGGUUUGUGUGAGUUUUUUUUUUUUUAUAAAUCGUCGUGUGUCUCCGUAUAUGUGCUACGUAAUGACCCCGUCCAUUGGCCACUACUCCAUACGAUAUGUAACUGAGAUUUUAAAAUAUAUAUUCGGAUGUCCAUAAGUUCGUAAAAAUUUUCGAACAAACUUCGUUAUCCCCAAAUUGUUUACUUUUUAUAAUGAAAUACUACUGUUUUAAACGUUUAUGUAUAUAUUAACCCAUGUUGACUACCCUUAUAAUUUUGAAGAUUCGUUGUAUUUCUUAUUACUUAUUUAUCUACCUAACCUCGACCCAUAGGAAGACAAAAUCAAUAUGAUAAAACGACCAACACAGCAUUCUCUAUAAAAAAAAGAUUAUUUACAUUUUUUACCCACUACCCAUUUGUAAUGUACGAAAUAACAUAAAUAUGAACAAAAUACAAAAUAAUAUCGUAGGUAUCUUUGAAAAUAGAAAAUUAUAACGUUUCCUCCUUGUAUAUUACCACUUGAUCGAAUUCUACAUGUUAAUCUCAAAUAUAUUAUCAAUUAAUUUAAAACACGCCGUUAAAUAUGAUAAUUGAUGUUUAUAACAUUCAAAUUAAUAUAUGUUUUAUUCAACCGUUUCUUUAGUUGUAUUUGGAAUGAAACGACGAUGAGUUUGAACAAAUUGUGAAACAUUGUAUGUACGUUGCUGUUCCUCAUUAAUUAUAACGAAAUUGUUAAAAUCUUAUGCGAGUUUCAUACUUCUCCCCUCUGCUAUACCACUUAUAACCAUAAUGUUUCCUAGAAUCCUUUUCCCAGUACUAUGACGUUCAUCAAUUGCAGGCCAUUCUGUUGGAUUUUUCUUAAACCAUUUUUUAUUGAUUUUAAACCGGUUAAAAACUGUUUGAACUGACCUCCGAUACGGAAAAAUUUUGUUACAGAAAUAAUGUAUAGUAAUGAAAAUAAAUAAUCACUUACAAAUUGAGUUGUUAAUUUCGAAAGGGCCCAUCUCGAGGAUUUUUUUCAAAAUUGAAAAAAAAUCAACACAUUAUUUAAUUAUAUAUAUGUAUACCGAAAUUUAAUGAGCGAAUAAAACCUAUGUAAGGUUUCAAAUCACUGCCGCAUGAAUUAAAUUUCGGAACGAACGACAUAUUGACUCAUAGAAGUUAAAGAAAUAUAAUGUACCAGAAGAAUAUUUUAUAUUUAGAGAUAAAUCCUUUUCGAAAUUUAAAAUUGAAAAAAAAAUCAACACAUUAUUAUAUAUAUAUAUGUAUACCGAAAUUUAAUGAGCGAAUAGAACCUUACAUAGGUUUCAAAUCACUGCCGCAUGAAUUAAAUUUCGGAACGAACGACAUAUUGACUCACAGAAGUUAAAGAAAUAUAAUGUACCAGAAUUUCUAUCUUGUAUCCAGAAUACUCUUCUGGAUAUUUUAUAUUCAAAGAUAAACCCUUUUCGAAAUUUACAAUUCGAUUUAAAAAAAAAAACCUAUACUAUUGGAAAUUAAAGCCAAUGUUUUAUAAAGUUCGUGUUAUUUAGUUUCAAUAAAAAAACAAGACAAAUAUAUAAUGUGCUCAAUAAUAAAUAAUAAUUGAUUUGAAAAAAAAAGGGAAAUAUGUGUUCCCCCUCGGUGCCCUCGGGCUUUUGUGUUUUCUAAAUAAAACGAAAAUUAUUACGUGUUUCGUAUAACAAUUUUUUUUUAAAAAAAACUUGGUUCGAUACCAGUUUAUUCAAUUUUUAAUUUUUUUCUCUAAAAAUGUUUGAUGUAUCAUGUAUAUAAAUACAAAUCGUGCAGCCAGUACUAAGUAGUACAUCAAUAUUAACUUGUUUAGAUAAAUUCCAUUUUUCGUCGUCAUCCCAGCACUUCAAUAAAUUGUUAAAAUUUUCGUUUCACCUACUUCGUUUCAUCCACUUGUUCCUGUUACUAUCACAUUGGACUUGUUCAAAUAAAACGGCUCUAUUAUUAUUAUUAACAAUAAUAUUAGAAUCAUAAAUAUUGUACACAUAGCGCCCGUUGAACAUAAGCAGUGAUAAUAUAAACCGAUUUUCAAUUUCCUAUUAUCUAAAGGUAACUCCGUUUCAUUUUGAACAAAAAUAAGACAUACUGCUUUAACUAUAGUAUUAUAACAUGGUUGUAAUAAAGAAAAAUUCCAAAGAAAAAAUACUCAAAUGAUUUGCAAUUAGGAAAACUCGAUUUGCAAUUAUUUGCAAUCAAUUUAAUAUAAUUAUUUGACGAUAUUUCGACACCGAUUUUGACUAACCGACCACUUUGAAAAAUUCCCGAAAAAAACAUAAAACUGUUUGCAAUUAUUUAACGGUAUUCUGACGCUAAUCGGCUAAAGUGGCGUCGGCGUGAAGAGCCAACCAAAUUUACUGUUAUUUGUAAUAUAUAUAUAUGUAUAAUAUACAUAAUAAUAUAAUAAUAAAAUAUGUGUUAUUGAUUUCCGAUUGGAUUUCGAGUUGUUGUAUUUUCUUAAAUUUCGCUGACCGUCAAGGUCAUAUAUGUAUACUUUUUUUGUUUUGGUGUUCUCUAAAUUUGUCGAGUGCUUUUUUCCAAUCUCGAAACUCAGUCUAAACUAAUAAAUGUGUGUUUUGACGAUCUCCUUUUCCAACCAAAUUUGAUCCAAACGAGACAUGAUAACGGCAGUAAGUUCCGUCCUCUGCAGCAGAAUACACCAACCACAUAAGUGAACGUAACCAAGAAUGCUCGAAUUUCAAAUUUCGUUUGUCACAAGUCGGAAACUUGAAGUCUAUAAUCAGGUAUCCAAUUGUGCACACGAACUUCAUAAUUUUUAAUGUCGUUCAAUUGCUUUCGACAAAAAUGUGUAAUACCAUUUGGAAAAAUCUAUGGAUAAAGUAAUAAUAAAUAUUAUAAUGUAAUGACAAUUUAUGACAAUUUUAUUUCAUGUUAAAAACCUAUCUGUAUCGAGCAUAACUGCGGAUAUCUAUUUUGUUUUGUAUUAUAACACGUAAAACAUUGUAUUUAUUAACAUUAAUAUCAUCAUUAUGUAAAUUUAUUAUACCGUGUUGGGUAUAUUGUGAUAGAGAAUUUAAAAAUAAAUGAAAAAUUAUAUAAAAAGAGAAAUAAUAUAAAUAAUAUAAUGAAAUAUAAUAAAGAAAUUCGUUUGUGAUACGGGUACAGAUUUUUUGACCCGCCUCGUGACACGGGUCGAAUAUUUUAUAAUUCUUUCCUUUUCAAGUGUUCUCAUCGCCAUUAUUCCCUUAUUUCUCAAUCAGAUUAUCAAUACAUAACCAUAUUGUUCUAUUCUGUGACAUAACUGUCAAAUAAUAAUUACUACCUAUUUGUAGUAAUUAUUUGAAGUUUUUUCCUGCGUUAGUAUAAGUAGUAUAAAAGCGUCACACUGAAUUUUAAAGAAUGUAUGAUGCUUACCGUGAUGUAAAUACUGUCGUGCGGAAAAAUAAAAAUAAAAAUAAAAUAGACUAUGGAGGGGAUCGCUAAAAUUCCUUUAUUUUAAAUUUUUGCGACCUAUUUUUUUUUCUAAAAAAAUAUCGCACCAAUAACAAAAAACACCAACAGGUCUUUUUUGUCGAAUUUUUUAUCUAGUUGGUUGGUGACUUUACCAAUAAAAUUUUAACUUUAUUAUUAAUUUGUAUUUUCCAAAUUUGAAUUAAUUAAUAGCUCCUUUUUGAGCAGUAUAUAAAUUGUGUAGAAAGCUUUAAUUUUUAUCACAAUAGUUCCAUGCAACUAAGAUAGAUUUGGUAAAACGCGUAUAAUGUAGAUUUCGUUCUAACUUGUUCCAACCAAUUGAUUUAUAAUAUACAAUUUUCGUAAACAGGGUAAUUUUACAUCGGUGAUGUUAUACACUUGACACUUUUCAGGUAUCUCAAAGGAAUUGAUAAAAUUAACUAUGAGUUAUUUGACUUAUUAAAUAGUCUGCAACCAGAAACAUCAACAUGUUUAAUAUGAUGUGAGAUGAAUAUGAUAAGAUAAGUAUGAUUUAGUAAAAUGGUGUAGAAUACCACGAUAGAGAAUUCUUGUUUGGAUAAAUAAAAUCAAGACAAAAUCUUUGAUAAAAUAGACAAACUUACUUUUGAUAUGCGAGUGUCUAAUAUCCUAACAAUAAUAUCCUUAUAUCCCGAUAUCCGUAACCAAAACCUUAUCUUUCAAAACGGAUAAAACAUCUACAUAUCAAUUUUAAAAUCAUAUAUUACCUAUAAUCACGGUCAUAUACAGUAUGUUCUACAAUAUAAUCGUUGUGCUAAUAAUUCUAUCAAUAUUUAUUUAUUUUAUUCUAUCUGGUUUUGUGCCAGGGGACAAAUAAUAUGUUUUUAAUGUAGGGGCGUCUUUUCAAUUUUUUUUUGCGAGGUUUCAAGCAGGCCGUUUUAAAUAUUUCACCAGGCAAUAUAGAAAUAUACAUGACAGGUACUAAUAUAAUAUAAUAUAUCUAUGUAUAUAAUCCAGCUUUUAAUUGUUUCAAUGGAUUAUGAAUCGCAAUAAACAUAAAUAGUAAAAAGCUAUUUAAAAUCUAAAAACUAAUAAAUAAUUGACACUUUACCUAUGAAAACCAAUAAGUAACGCAUACAAAUAUUGAAGACGAUAAAUGCAGUGAAAAAUAAGAAAAGAAAAAUGCAUUUAAUAUUCACAUUAUUAUUAACUAAAUGGUAUGUAUAGUUUUUUCACUAGCAAAACACUCUGGAAAAACAAAUCAAUUGCAUCUAAUUAGAGUAUUAUUAAGAGGAUAUUAAAGAGAAUACCAGCGAUUUCCAAGUCCAGCAAAUACAUCUACAACUUUUUCUAAAUCGAUAUUAUUUACUUCUUUUUAAACAUUUAGCAUCAUAAGAUAAUAUUUUAGCCUUGUUCAUCGCCCACGGAAAUGUGAUUUUACAUUUUUUAACGAUGAAAAACCUCUCAUUGGAUGCCAUUAUAAUUGGUGACGUUUUUAAAAAUGAAAUAGUUUUCAAUGUUUUUAAAAUAACAACCGUUAACGGUUCAAUCGUGAAGUCAUCCAACUGUGCUCCGUAUCUAUAAUCUAUAUCCGUAAUCUGUAUUCUGUAGGUAUCAGGUAUGUCUGGUAAGUAAUAAAAUAAAAUAUAUGAUACAUCCAUUUUUUACUCAAUUACUUGAUAGCACGGUAUUUGUUUACUGCAGACAAUAAAACACCAAUAUUGCUAAUAUAAAAAUAAAAUUUAAUUUUAAUUAUAUAUAAAAAAAAAAAGGUGCAUUAUUUCAGCAGGUGACCGUACACCCUGCCCCCCAAAUGACGCCCUUGUUUUAAUACACAUAAUAUUUUGGGCGUAUGUAAUUUGCGCCAAAAACAAUCAAAAAAUAAAUAAAUGUACGUAACUUGUAAUUAUAUAAUCUGCGCCAUCUUGUACCUACACAAAUUGUAAUUUGCGCUACUUAAAAUAAUUAAACUAUUUUUUUUUUUAACACAUUACCAUAUUGCAUUUUUAAUCAUUUAUCAAUCAAGUUCAUUUGAAUAGUUUGUACUUUAUGUACAUUAAAUAAGUCAAAUUUUGGUUAGUAAUAAAACAUAUAAAAAUCGGUUAUAUUAUAAUUAUAAUUAAUGUAUAUUAGUAUACGUACUUUAUGAAUAAUUUUUAUUAGAUUAGACGUAAUCGAUUUCGUCUUUACUUAUUAUUAGUAGAACACAACAAUAUUAUAUUAUGUCGAUGCGAUAUUAGAAUUAUUAUCAGAUGAUAAAUUCCAAAAGUUGAAGUUAGAAGUGUGGCGCAGAUUACAUAUACCACUUUGUUUUCUGUCCUGGUAUGAAAUACAAAAAUUAAUUUUUAGAUGUGGCGCAAAAUUUAUGUUAUAUUUAUAUAUGUUAGCAUAACUUACACACGCACUUAAAUGUAUCUUAUUGGUGGUGAAAAUUACAAGCAACAAAAUUGAUGCGAAAUACCAUCUCCCAAUAUUUUCUUCUACAUAAUCCUCUUUAUAAUUCCUUCACUUAAUUAUAGUAUAAACUUUUCCAUUUAUUCAAUGUUUUUUCCAAUUAUUAACAAAACUACACUCGCGAAAAAUCAAAAAACCAUUUCAUUACAAACAAUACGAACCGUCGAGAUAAAAUUAUGAAAAUAAUUGAAAUUCAUUAAUAAUGAUUAAUAAUUAAUUAUCAUUAAUAAUUCGGUGUAAGAUUUCGUUUGUAUAAAAAUAACGUCAACAAAUUUAAAAUAGUAAAAUCGUGAGUUGAUGUCGUACCAGCACACCUAUAUAUUGUGUUCAUUUUCCCUGGUAUAGGUAUUUUCCCUGGUACGUAUACCUGAUACGCAAUACCUGAUACUGAAUACCCUGAUACGUUUUAUUCCGGUUUUUCCCAAACAUUAUGAAAACCACUUUUAAUAUCAAAAAAUGACUUCACAAUGCACUAACUAGAUCCAAAAAAAAAAAAAAAAAGUUUUGUUAUUUUUUGAUGGCGAACGAAUUGUAAAUCGUACACAACCAGUAUGUGAUUGUCGUUGUUAUAGGAAAAAUCGUACGUAUAAAGUUUAUUUAUAUAUCGUUUGUUUUUCUAUAUAGACUAUUAUAAAUCUGUAAUAUUACUGUUUCAAUAGUUAUAGUAAACUCAGCUUGAUUUCAAUAUGAUUGGUCGUAAGCACAUAUUGGCCGGUAUUUCCAAAGUCCUUGUCGUGCAAUUGCUGAACAAGUACUCAGUUGAAAACACGGUCAGGUUUGCUUCGAAAAGAAAUAUAACGAGUCCGUUGGGAAGCCAAUAUAAAGGUUUGUACCGCGGAACAUACCGUACACUACUAAAGGAGAUCAUCGGUAAUUCGUUAUUUUUUUUCGGUUCACGGAACUUCUAAAAACCAAACAGUGGACGAAAAGUAAAUUGUGAUCCGUUGUUUACUAUGGCGUAUUGUAGGGGGGAAUGGACAUAUAAUAUGUCUUUUUUUUUUCAAAGAAUUAAGGCCAAAAGUUUAACUAUUUUCAAAAAUUAUUUUUAUUGAUUUUUAUAAUAAUAAAAGUACGAGAAAUUUACCAAUGAGAGUAUACACAUUUUAUAAGAUAUAAGAUUUUAUAAGAUAUUUUAAUUUUUGAAUUAUUUUAAAGAGAACUAAAUUAUAGUGUAUUUAAUUUUGUUAGGUGCCUCCGUUUUACGAAACGAACGCAUUUCUUCGACACGCUGUAUCGAUAGAUUUUUUUCCAAUACAAAAACCCUACUGAACGAAAACGUCAAGACAAGAUUGCAAGCAUCCAAUGUGCAAAGUAUAUAUAACUUUAAUAUUUAAUUUCUAUUAAACAUAAAUAUUUCUGGUUUAUCGUCAAGGCCCGCGGAGAAAUUAGAAAACUAGAUAUAAAAUGUUAUAUUAAUUUAUUAUCAGCUAUUUAAAAAUAAAAAUCCAGCCCUAGAGGGGUAAGGAGUUAUAAUUUUACCGUGCUAAGAAUAGCAACAAAAAAACAAUCUGUAUAACUAAUUUAAAUACUCUGAAAAAACGCAUUAUAAAUACGUUGGCACAGUAUCGUUUACACAACAUUCCGCCCAAACGGUUGGCAUCUCAAACUAAUUAUUAUUUUUGGCAUUUUUAAAUUUAAAUUUUACCACUUAACUAAUUAAUAAUACAUUACGUAUGCUUUAUGUUGGGAAAGGACACGUUCUUUUCAUAGUAACGAAGCUUGGAACGCGUCCCUUUUCAAAUAUAGGAACGAGAAAUGGGAAAAAGUUUCUAUGAAAGAAUAUGAAAGACUAUGAAUUUAAACGCACGUAAUUUUAGUGGUAAUAUUGUUUAAAAAUGAUUUAAUGUCGGCAUCACUUCGUUAGUUAUUAAUAAAUAACCACAAUAGCACAAUGUACUAUUUCUCCAUUUUUAUUAACAUACAAGGUACAUAAUAAGAUAUUAUAUGGUUCCAAAGAAAAUGUUUACUUCAUUUUCAUCUUUUUGGGUAGGAAAUUAAUUUAAUUAAUUUAAUUAAAUUUAAUCUAUUAUGAUUUCAUGACAAUUCCAAAAAGUAAUAAUAGUGUUCAAUUUUAGUUGACUUGAUUAACUCACACUACACUCAUUUUUUUAUGAAAAUUAAGUAGAUACACAAGUGUGAAGUGACUAAUAAAUAAGCCAUGAAAAUCUUGAAUGUCAAAUCAAAUAUGCAUAUAUUUCCAAAGAAAAUUAAUUAAUGAUAUUUUCAAAUUAAGAAUAUAAAUAAAACUAUCUUAAACUGCAUUCAUAAAAAAAAAGGACUGCUCAAAAUAACGAGCCGUUCCAUUUUUAAGGUACGAAGAAGGGAAACGAAUUCUUUUUUGUAGUAGGAACGAGGAACGGGAAUGAAUUACUUAUUAAAAGGAAUGAUAAUAUUAUAAAUAAUAAUGGAUGAAGUUUGGCACACAUAUAGAAUACGUUCUAGAUUAAAACAUAAAAUACUUUUUAUCCCGAAAUUCGCCUGAUAGUGUUUUUUUGAUAAUAUUGCAACAUAAUUCAAAAUAUUAUUAUUGAUUUAUAGGUAGGAACUUUGACAAAAUAUGUGAAAAAAAUAGUUAUUUUUAGUUAAUUUCUUGGUCACGGGUAAAAAAUAAUACAUUUUAGUUAAUUGGUAUGAGGAGACACGUUUUUAUUUUUUUUCGUUCAAUAAUGUAUAAAGAUAAUGUCUUAUACUUAGCCCAAAUCACUGGAUCUAAAAAUUUUAAUUUUGUCCACAAGUUCGCUCUAAACAAAAUGUUGACAAUUCAAAAAUUAACAGCGAAAAGAUAAAAAUAAAAUUGAAACAAGGAUUGUUACAAUACAAGCAGACAACUCUUCUACCAAAAAUUUUGCUCCGAUAUCUAAAUUCAGCACUUUUUUUUAAAAAUAAUUUUGACUGUAGGAUGGUACUUUAAGGUGGUAACUUUUUGAUUUUCUCAGGAGUUUUUCUAAUAAAUGGGAAAAACCUGAUAAAAACGUAGGCAAAACGUAGGUAAAUAGUAUGACAUUUGUAAGGCAUUUAAAAAAUGUGUAACCGAACUCUGCUCAGAAUCGCUUUUUCGUUAGCAAAGAGUAAUCGUUACGUACCGAUAAGCAUUAAAUUUCACAACCCAUCGUGUGAAAUAUGUCCGUUUGUUUUUUUUUUUUCAUUUUAGAUACUUACAAAAUAUACAACAAACAUUUUGGUGCUAUUUGUUUAAACGCCCAGCCGUAUAAAAAGUCAAACAAUUUCCACUACUCUAAUAUUUUAUCUGUUCAACAAACAUCAUUCAUUCAAAUUCGAAAAAUAACGUGUACGCCAUCGAUAUUAUCGGACAAACAUUCAUCUAAAGUUGAAGAAACUGUAAAUGCAGCCAAAGAAAAGGCUAAAAAAGAAUCUGAAGGAAAGGAAACUUCAGCUAUAAAACCAAAAAAGUCAAUUCAACAGAAAAUUAAAGAUGAAUUGAUGCACUAUUAUAACGGUUUUAAGCUUUUGGGACUCAAUUGCAAAAUUUCCCUUAAAUUGGCUAUUAAGAAAAUGAAAGGACAAGAAUUGACAAGAAGAGAACAUAACCUAGUAAGUUAUUUUAAAUAAGUAGUAAGUAAAUAAAUAGUAAGUUACUUUUACUUGAUAAUGAGGGUGAUACUUUAGGGAAGUCAUUUUUUGAUUUUCCCGAGAGAUUUCCUAAUAAUUGGAAAAAACCGGGAAAAUUCAUCGAAAACCUAGGAUUUAUUGUCUUAUCAAUUAUCAUAUAUAUUUUAUUCACUAUAUACGUCUACAAAUAUAACGUGUUUUAUGUUUUCGCAAACAAAAGAAAGAUAUAGAAAGAAAAAAUAUGUAUACAUGUAUAUUUUAUAUAAUUAUAAUAUAGUAAUCAUAUUAUAUGCAUAAUAAGAGAAGUAGAUAAAUAAAACUGAACAAAUUAUUUUUAAAGAUUAUAAAAUAGUUAAAUGCAUAAAUACAUAAUAUUAACAUAAAGGAAUUUAAGAUUAAAGAUUAAGAUAAUUCUAAGAAUAAUAUUAUUCCGAACCUUAUUAUAUAACCUAUAAAUAUAACCUUAUUUUUUUAAUGAUUAUUGUGUUAUGUGAAAACCUAAGUAAAUUUAUGAGUUCGAAUUCCAUUAAUUUGGUUGGUUACCAAAUCCAUUAUUGUUUAACACUUUACUACGUGAUUAACAUAAUUUUUUACAUUUCAGUUUGUUCAAACUUUGGCCGAUCUUUUUCGUCUAUUACCUUUUUCUGUGUUUGUUGUUGUACCAUUUCUCGAAUUCACAUUACCAAUUUUCAUCAAGGUUUUCCCUGGUAUGUUACCAACUACUUUUCAAACAAAACACGAAAAAGUAAGUUCUACUUAUAUGUUAUAUAUUAUUAUAUCAUAUUAAUAUUCAAUUAUUUUAGGAAGCAAAACUCAAACAAUCUCUCAAAGUGAAACUUGAAGUGGCAAAAUUUCUUCAAGAAACAUUGAACCAUAUGGCUGUCUGUGGUCAAGGGCAUACGUGUAAAUCAGCCAAAGAGUUUUCAGACUUUUUCACCAAAGUAUAUAUUUAAUUGGUUUAAUAUUUGUGUUUCAUAUUUGAAUAAUGGUACCAUUUUAGGUAAGACAAGAAGGUAAUGUUAUAUCAGCUGAUGAAAUACUUAAAUAUUCAAAGCUGUUUAAAGAUGAAAUUACAUUAGACUCGCUUCCUCGACCUCAAUUAGUUGCCCUCUGUCGAGUACUUGAUCUUCGGCCGAUUGGCACUACAAACUUUUUAAGAUUUAAACUCAGACUUAAACUUCGUUCUUUAGCAAUUGACGAUAAAGUAUGUUAAGUUUAUUUUAAAAAUAUAUUAUUUUGUUAUUUUUUCCCUUUUAAUAUAUAGAAGAUCCAAAAAGAAGGUGUCGGUACACUAAAUCUAAGUGAACUUCAGCAAGCAUGUUUAGCCCGCGGAAUGCGUGCCUAUGGUCUCACUGAAAAUCGUCUACAACAACAACUUACUCAAUGGCUAGACCUAUCAUUAAACGAAAAAGUUCCUCCUUCUUUACUCCUCAUUUCUAGAGCAUUCAGCUUUACAGAAAAUAUACCAAUCAGUGAUUUACUUAAGAGGGCUAUUUCAGAAUUGCCUGAUUCUGUUGGAGUAUCAACUAAAGCAGAUUUGGGUGAACGUGAUGGUACAAUAAAUAACAAGGCCAAAUUGGAAGCAAUUAAGGAGGAGGAACGGAAGGUGGCCGAAGAAAUAAAAGAAAAUUUGGAAGUAAAGAAAAAAGAACUAGAAGAAUUAGUUGAUAAAGCACCAGUUUUAAAAGACACAAUUGGAAUAAUUAAAGAAGAGGUUAGUUGAGAAUUUAUUAUAUUUUAAAAUACUAACCGUAAUAAUUGUUUAUAGGAAAUUACAUCAACUGAUUUCAAAACACUUGCAAAUGCUAUUGAAAAUCUGAGUUGUGAAAAAAAGAAACUUGUUGUGGAAAAAGAAGAAAUUAAAGAUUUGAAAGGUGAACUCAAUGACUACGCGAAAGUAAGUGCAAUGUGUUUUUAUUGUGUGGUAUUCGAAAUUAGUAUUUGCCCCCUCCCACCCCCUGAGGACACUCCUGAUAUAUGUAAUGUUGAUUAUAAUUUAUGAAUAAAUAAUAAUACUAAUUUAUUAUAAUGUCACUAAUUAUCAAAGGUGGGUAAUUACUGAUUACAAAGUUAGUAUUAAAUUAAAAUUGACUUUUGUUAAUAACUUUAGAUAAAAUCGGUUAGUUUGAAUUCUGAAUAACUUAUUAGAUUAUCGCGUUUUAUUGGAUGCUCAAAAUAUUUCAAUUUAUCACAUUAAAAAGAAAAAGGAACUUGUUAUUAAUAAGUUUUCAGUUGAUAUAUUUUUUUUGUAAAGUCUGCAAUUCAAUUUUAAUAAUCAUAUUUAUAUUUUAGUAUGCCACUUUUGUACUUAUAUUUUAAAAAAGGUACAGUAUUUAUCUAUGUAUACAAUUUGUGUAUUAAAAACAAAAACCUAAAUCUAAAUUUUGAAUGAACUGUUAUAGAAUAUAAAAAUUACAGGUUAAGACAUUGUUAUGCAAUUUAUGUCAGUGGUGGUAUAAUGAGUGUGGUAGGUAGAUCGCCACCUUUGGUCCUAUUCUUUGUUUACAAUAAAUAAUUUAAUGAGUAUUGAUCAUGGUAAUGAUUGUGAAUGGAAUUUUAAAAUAUCGGGGAUAGGUUAUGGGCUCUUCAAUAUUAUUUUCUAUUAAUUUUUGUUAUUCUUUUUCGUCUCCUCUCCCCCUAAAAGUCAGUUAUAAACCUUAUAGACUUAUAUCUACAUAAAAUAUUUUUAUUCUGUAUUAAUUGUAGGAUGUAAAUAAUCUUCAAGAAGUAAUGAUUGCUGAGAAAAAUGAAAAGGUUAGAGAAUCGAAAGCGGCCAACAACUUAUUCAACAAAGUCAAUUAUAUGAUUUAUAAAAUAGAGCAAGUCGUUAACGAAUUGGAAUUAAACGAAAGUGAAAUUGAAUGUUGUAAUGUUAAAAAUAAAGUAUCAAUUGAUGAACCGACUACUGUAGAGUGGUAAAUAUAUAUUUCUUAUAAUACUGCAAGUUGAAAAUAUGUUAAAUGUUUUUAUUUCUUUUAUUGCAGUGAAUUGAUCAAAAUCAAAAUCGAUGAAUUAAUCUCGUGGGUACGAAAACUACAAAAUGUACCAGAUGACGAAAAGAUAAAAAAAAUUGCUGAAAUUUUGAGUAAAAUCGAUGAAGACGGUGAUGGAUCAGUAAGAUUAGAUACUGUGUUGAAAGUAAGUUGAAUAAUUAUAUUGUUUAAACGUUCUUUUAAUUAUAUUUGUAUAUACUAUAUUUUAGGUGAUACAGAUGAUUAGUACUGAAAAUGUUAAGUUAUCCAAAAAAGAAAUAGAUAUGAUUAUUCAAUUAGUUAUGAAAGAAGAAGAAAUGGAAUGUCUAGAAAAAAAAAAUUAA